AUGGUGGUCUGGGUACAGUUCCCUGGUCUGCCGGUGCACUUCUACCACAAAGAGCUUCUCUUUACUAUGGGAAAUCUCCUAGGAAGAUCAAUUAAACUCGACUACCAUACUCAGCACCAGCAGCGGGAAAAAUUUGCACGAAUGGCCGUCGAGGUUGACCUCUCAAAGCCGCUGGUCCCGAGGAUCAGGUUAGACGGCCGGUGGCAGAAGGUUGAAUAUGAAAACCUCCCGGUUGUCUGUUUUGAGUGUGGGAAAGUGGGGCAUACGAACGUGUCUUGCCAUUCAACUGGUCGGGGGGUAAACAGCGGAGCGGAAAUUGACUCCAUGACGUCGGCGGUGGUAGUGGCCGGCGAGGCUUUGCCGGAGGCCAAUGCUGGCUUCGGACCGUGGAUGAUUGUUUCGCGCAAAUCAUGGCGGAAUCAGAAAGAUACUCUCACAAAUGGUAAGACAGAUCAGGGCGUGGCUAUCCCCAACGGACUGGAGAAAGGUGAGGAAAGGAAAGAGGUCGAAAGUUUGGGGAAAGUUUUAUCGCAAAAAUCAGGGCUCUCUGAGCGAAAACAGAGGCAACAAGCAGGGGACAAAGAAGCGGCGAAAGCUGAGGGGAAGGGCAGAGGUAACGCGAAAGGAAAGGGGAAAGCGGUGGAGCCUGUAGGGUUGGCCGAGAAAGGUGUGUUGGGCCCUAAGCCCAAAACAGGGGAAGCCUCUUCUAGCGGAGCUAGCCAUGCCCCCACCAAGGCCAUUAAUCCUACCGCAAUAAGUUUGAGCCCACAGUCGACUGCAGUAGCGUCGGAUGGGCCUGAUGGGAAGGGAAUGGUUUUGGGCUCUCCUACCGGGCCUGCGUCCCAAACCUUUGAAGGAAAAAAUGGUACCCAAAUACGCAUAGUGGAAGCCCAGCCGUACGAGCCAGCAGCUCCUCGGUUGGUCGACCCAGAGACACCAUCGGCGGUCUCCAGGACAAAGCCAAAGAAAGAAGGUCGCGGGGGAGGAGGAAAGAAGACGGCGACUCCGAAAAAGGGUACUUCGAUGCGCCAUAAUCCCCUCAAGCCACUGCAAAUUUGGUCACCGGUGAAAGAGAAAAAGGGCCGGAACAAGGAGAAGAGAGUUUCGUUAACUUUGAAACAAAUUAAAGAAUGGGCAGAGACGGCAAAGCCGAAGACGGCGGCUGGGAUCGAAUUGAUGAGCAAAGAAGAGGCGGGGAAGAUGGCAGCAGAGCCUGGCGCGCUGUCGAACAACUUGGCCGCCCCUGGUCACUAA